GCGCGUGUUAUUGUGGUCCGGGCGCUGCGGGUUCUGGGAGGGUGGACGAUGGAGUUCGCGGAGCUGAUUAAGACUCCGCGGGUGGACAAUGUGGUCCUUCACCGGCCUUUCCUGCCGCGGGUGGAGGGCACCCUGUGUCUGACCGGGCACCACCUGAUCCUUUCCUCCCGCCAGGAUAACAGUGAGGAGCUCUGGCUAUUGCACAGCAACAUCGACGCCAUCGAGAAAAGGUUUGUGGGAACAUUGGGUACAAUUACAAUUAAAUGUAAGGAUCUGCGAAUCAUUCACUUGGAUAUUCCUGGCAUGGAAGAAUGUUUAAAUAUCGCAAGCUCUAUUGAGACAUUAUCUACUUUGGAUUCUACCACAUUGAUGUAUCCUUUCUUUUAUCGACCUAUGUUUGAGGUUUUGGAAGAUGGAUGGCACUCCUUCCUUCCUGAGCAUGAGUUUACUUUGCUUUCUGCAUCAACAGAUGAAUGGAGACUAAGCUAUGUUAACAAAGAUUUCGCUGUUUGCCCCUCCUAUCCUCCUAUUGUCAUGGUGCCAAAAUCAACUGAUGAUGAAAUUUUGAAAAAAGUUGCUACAUUUCGUCAAGGUGGUCGCUUUCCUGUCCUCAGCUAUUACCAUAAAAAGAAUGGAAUGGUAAUGAUGCGCAGUUCGCAGCCAAUGACUGGAACUAAUGGAAGACGGUGUAAAGAUGAUGAGAAAUUGAUUAAUGCCACUCUGCGGGCAGGAAAACGUGGCUAUAUCAUUGACACUAGAUCUGUUAAUGCUGCUCAGCAAGCUAGAACCAAAGGAGGUGGUUUUGAACAAGAAGCACAUUACCCUCAGUGGAGACGAAUUCACAAGUCCAUAGAAAGGUAUCACAUUCUUCAGGAAAGUUUAAUUAAACUGGUAGAAGCUUCAAAUGACCAAUCCCACAACAUGGAUAGAUGGCUCAGCAAAUUGGAAGCUUCUAGCUGGCUGACCCACGUUAAAGAAAUAUUAACCACUGCUUGUCUGGCUGCACAGUGUAUAGACAGGUAAGGAGUUAUGUGAGAUGGUUGG